AUGGGUUCGGUCGAGAAGAAACCUCUAUACACGGCCUCUUUCGCCUUCUUCGAGGCAUUAUGGGAGGCCGGCAUUACACAUGUCUUCGUGAACUUGGGUUCCGAUCAUCCUUCAAUCAUGGAGGCCAUGGCCAAGGGUAAGAAGGUGCUAGGCGAUAAGUUUCCCAGAAUCAUUACAUGUCCCAACGAGAUGGUCGCCCUGUCAAUGGCAGACGGCUUCGCUCGAUUGACCAAUAAGCCCCAAUGUGUCAUUGUCCACGUCGACGUCGGAACUCAAGGCCUAGGCGCUGCAGUUCAUAAUGCAUCCUGUGGUCGAGCACCGAUCCUCAUUUUCGCAGGCCUGUCUCCGUACACGAUCGAAGGCGAAUAUCGAGGUUCAAGAACAGAAUACAUACACUGGAUCCAAGACGUACCCGAUCAAAAGCAGAUUGUACAGCAGUACUGCAGAUACACCGGGGAGAUCAAGGGUGGCAAGAAUGUCAAGCAGUUGGUCAAUCGCGCACUUCAGUUUGCGACCAGUGACCCCCAGGGUCCAGUCUAUCUCUACGGUGCAAGAGAAGCCAUGGAGGAAGACAUUGAACCAUAUCACCUAGAACAGAAUCAGUGGGAGAAGGUCGGCCCGUCCGCACUUCCACAGGACGCUGUCAAACUUGUUGCAGAACAUCUUGUUGCCGCCAAAGAGCCCUUGUUGAUCGUGGGGUACACCGGUCGCAAUGCUGAUUCAGUCACUGCGGCGGUCGCCCUAGCAGACAAGAUCCCAAGUCUCCGAGUUCUUGACACUGGUGGUUCUGAUAUGUGUUUCCCAGCAAAUCAUCCUGCUGCCUUGGGUCUUAGGUACGGCUCGGAUCCUGCUAUCACGACUGCCGAUUUCAUCCUGGUUGUCGACUGCGACGUCCCUUGGAUUCCAACUCAGUGUAAACCCAAGGCGGACGCAAAAAUCAUCCACAUCGAUGUUGAUGUCCUGAAGCAACAGAUGCCCGUCUUCUACAUUCCGGCAUUCGCAAGAUACAAGGCCGACUCGGCCACCUCUUUCUCACAGAUCAACGACUUUCUUGCUCAAAAUAAGGACCUUCCUGGUACGUUGUCAGCAGACGCCCAUCAAGCUGCCGCCAAGAAACGAGAAGAAUCAUAUAAUGCACGUUGGAAUCAGGUCAAGGAACUUGCAAAGGUUCCCUCCGACCCCAAGAACGCAUCAAUUGACCCACACAUCCUUGGAGGUCAGAUAAGAGCAGCUGUACCUGAAGACACCAUUUUCGCAGUGGAAGCGGUAACGCUCAGUCUGUUCAUCGCCGACACAAUCGCACCAGUUCUGCCCAAAUCAUGGAUCAACUGUGGCGGAGGAGGACUGGGUUGGUCUGGAGGUGGCGCCCUCGGCAUCAAGCUCGCGUCCGACUUUGAGGCCAGAGAUGUCGCAGCUGGAGACAGAGAAGGAACCAACAAGGGCAAAUUCGUGUGUCAGAUCGUCGGCGAUGGCACUUACCUCUUCUCAGUGCCUGGCUCGGUAUACUGGAUUGCACAGCGCUAUAAUAUCCCGGUCUUGACCAUUAUCUUGAACAAUAAAGGCUGGAAUGCACCUCGUCGAUCUAUGCUUCUCGUCCAUCCGGAUGGAGAAGGUAGCAAGGUCGACAACAAGGAAUUGAAUAUCAGCUUUGACCCAACACCGAACUAUGCCGGUAUUGCAAAGGCUGCCACGGGCGACAAGGCUUGGGCGGCCCAGGUAUCGAGCGUUGCUGAGUUGCUAGAGCAGUUGCCAAAAGCCGUGGAGGCAGUUAAGGGUGGAAGGUGUGGUAUCCUGGAAGUCAAGCUUGGUGUAGAUCUGCAGCAGCUGGCAGACGACGCUAAGGUUGAUGUGGCGGCCGCUUCAAGUGGAUAG